AUACCACAAAUAAUACCUAUUAACUGACUAUUAUCUUUUUUUUUCUUUAUUAUUGUAUUUUUAUUAUUUAAUAUUUUAAAUUAUUAUAUUUUUAAUAUUAAAAUAAAUAAUAAAAUUAAUUUUAAUAAAAAAAUAAUUAAAAACUUAUAUUGAAAAUGAUAA